CUUGCACAUCACAACCACCAUCCCAAGCUAACAAAGACGACAACAACCAUGGUGCGCUUUCCAAGCCUGACAGUCGAGGAGGGAAAACUCGUGACGAAGGGCCUCUUCUACGAGACAGGAGCUGGUAAUAUCAAGGUGUACCUCAAGUCGCUACCGAAGUACGCUCACAGCGAUGUCCGCCUCCUCUUCGACAAGGAGAUUGCACUUCACGACCAGUUGCGUCAUCCCAACAUCGUCAAGCUCUACGACGCUUCGCCGUCCUCGUCCGAAGAACCGAUCAUGGUCUUCGAGUACAUGGAUGAGGGAUCGCUAGACACGCACUUUGGCGGCGGCGCAAACUGCUUCGUGGGCGACCGCAAAGUCUGCAUCGUGCGCGACAUUGCCCAAGCGAUCGCGUACCUUCACUACAAUGAUAUGACGCACGGCAACCUCCUCCCGUCGCACGUGCUGCUGGACUCAGCCAAACCCACGAAACUCACGGGCCUUUGCUCCAACGAACAAGCCGACUCGCAGCUCGAAAUCUCAGCCGUACAGCUCAAUGUCGCCUCGUGCUUCUACGUGGCGCCCGAGGUCAUCUUGGACGACGCAACCUACGACCCACCGGCAGACGUUUUUGCAUUCGGCUGCUUGAUGUGGUGCGUUGAUAUCGUGCAAGAGAUCUACCCUACCAAUGGUGGCGACGUCAUCGAGUUUCGCCACAUCAUGGAUUGGAUUUCGUCCGGUGGCUUCGACGACGUGCCCCGGGAGUUCUCGCCUUCGUGCCCCGUGUGGUACACUGCACUCGCGAAGCAAUGUAUGCGAUGCGACCCGAACGAGCGCCCCACCAUUCAAAGUGUGUUGUGUCAAUUCGGGGAAAAUGCCCCAUGAUGUGUUUUCUACGAUUCACUCAAGCUUUUGUCCUUACCUUUCGUUGCUCCGGAGAUGUUUAGCAUUACAUCGCGAGGUCACUGCCAAAAGUUGUACUAUUGCGAGUCACUAUAUAGCUCUUUCAGCAAUAUGUGUUACUAGUAGAUAGGACAAACUCCAGCACAUUCUAGUAGAACCAAAAUGUGUACACUACAGUACGUAAUAUAGCUUCGUAGCACACAUGAAAC